CUUGCGGUAGGCAGAUCGCCAUCAGAUGUUGUUGCUCGAUCCUUCCUCCUGAUCCUGCUCUUCGCCAGAGCCUGUCCGUUCCCUUCUGCACCUUUUCUGAAGCCUCUGUUAAUUUUUCUGGAGGAUCUCCAGAAAACUCCGGAUCUAUUCUUGUCGCACAUUUCUACUUUGUCCAAUCAUAGCGAUGAUCUUUCUUGA